AUGACAGAGGACUACAAUACUGUAAAGAUGUGCGCUGCAGAUGAGAGGCAGGAGCAGACCACCAAGGCAGUUCAGGUCACAGUCUUCCUCAUCGUCUUUUUACUAGGCGUGAUUGGGAAUGUGCUGGUGAUUGCCACAUUUGCCCAGUAUCGCCGUCUCCGUCUCCGAUGUAUGACCGAUGUAUUCCUUUUUUACCUUGGCCUGUCCGACCUCCUGCUUUUGCUGACAUUGCCGCUACAGACUGGUGAGAUUAUCAUUGGAUCCUGGACAUUUGGGGAUGGGCUAUGCAAGAUAAACCGAGGCAUGUAUGCCAUAAAUACGUAUGGUGGCUUGCUGCUGCUGGCAUGCAUUAGCAUUGAUCGGUACCUGCUUGUGGUGUGGGCCAAGGCUGCUCAAGCACUACGUCCUAGCAUGCUACUCUACAGCAAGCUGUCAGCGCUAGCUGUGGCACUCACAUCAGUCUUUCUUAGCCUACCAGAGCUCAUAUCUGCUUCUGUGGAUCAUCUCAGGUGUGAAAACAUUGGAAGUGAGGGGAAAACCUAUUUGAUAAAGACGUGGGCACGAGUUGCUAAGAUCAUGGGUUUCUGUGUGGCAUUUGUGGCCAUGCUGGUGUGUUACAGCACCAUCGGGUAUGUUCUAAUGCAGGGCCGUGGGAAAUGCUGGCGUAGGCAAAGAACGCUGCGGCUUAUUGCAGCUCUAGUAGUGCUCUUCCUGCUGUUCCAGCUGCCCUACACUGUGGUCCUGUCUCUGCGACUGCUCAUGGAUACAGACAGUGUAACCUGUGACCAGUGGGUUAAAAUUCAUGUGGCUGAGGAUGUCACCCUGAGUCUGGCGUACGUCCGCUGCUGUCUAAAUCCUCUUCUCUAUGCACUGGUGGGCAUACGAUUUCGCAAUGAUGUCAUGAGGUUAUUGCAUGAUGCUGGUUGCAUGUGUGCUUGUUUGGGACAUUUGACACCAGCCCCAGACAAUGGAAGCUCAGUAACUCCGUCCUCCCCUGCACCUACUGUCCUCAUGCCUGAUGUUUAUGCACCCCCUAGAACCAGUGCUGCCAAAGAACCAAGUCUAUCCAAAAAGUUUAUUUUCUGA